AUGUUUGUCGCCAGAAGAGUUGGAAACAAGGCCAACAACAUUAAGUUGUUGAAGAAUGCUCCAGUCACCUCCAAGACUACCGGACUCGUCCAGUCAAAGAGAGGAUUCGUCAGCUCAUCAAAGGCUACUUAUGCCGCUGCCCAGAAGGUCACCAGCGAGCAGCAGUACCUCGAGCAGUUCAAGAACGAGUUUGACGCAGUUCCACAGGAUAACUCCGAGGAGGUCAACUUGGCUACCUUGUCCGAUAACCAGGGUGUCGUCCACCAGGUCAUUGGUGCCGUCGUCGACGUUUACUUCCCACACGGCAAGCUGCCACUCAUCUACGAUGCCUUGAUCGUCGAAUCUUUCCAGGCUGAGAACGUCGAGAAGGUUAUUGAGGACCUCAACAACCCCGCCCUCGAGGGCAAGCUCGACCUCACCAACGUGCCAAUCUCCAACAUCAAGCUGGUGCUCGAGGUUGCUCAGCAUCUUGGAGACGGUAUCGUGCGUUGUGUCGCUCUUGAGAUCACUGAUGGUCUGUCCCGUGGUCAAGUCGUCUUGAACACCGGUGCCCCACUGCGUGUGCCAGUCGGUCGUUCCACCCUGGGCCGUAUCAUGAACGUCAUUGGUGACCCCAUCGACGGUUGUGGACCCAUCAAGACCGAUACCAAGCUUCCCAUCUGGAGAGAGCCACCCAGAUUCGACGAGUUGGCCCCAUCUGCCUCCAUUCUCGUCACUGGUAUCAAGGUUAUUGACCUGUUGACCCCAUACGCCAGAGGAGGAAAGAUCGGUUUGUUCGGAGGUGCCGGUGUCGGAAAGACUGUGCUGAUUCAGGAGCUCAUCAACAACGUCGCCAAGUCUCACGGAGGUUUCUCUGUGUUCACUGGUGUCGGAGAGCGUACUCGUGAGGGUAACGAUCUGUACCACGAAAUGGUUACCGCCGGUGUCAUCAAGCUCAAGGGUGAGGGAGACAACUUCUCCACCGAGGGCUCCAAGGUGUCCCUGGUGUUCGGUCAGAUGAACGAGCCCCCAGGAGCUCGUGCUCGUGUCACCCUCACCGGUCUGACCGUCGCCGAGUACUUCCGUGACGUUGAGAACCAGGAUGUGUUGCUCUUCAUCGACAACAUUUUCCGUUUCACUCAAGCCGGUUCUGAAAUGUCUGCCUUGCUCGGUCGUAUCCCAUCCGCCGUCGGUUACCAGCCAACCCUUGCCACUGAUAUGGGUUCCAUGCAGGAGCGUAUCACCACCACCAAGAACGGUUCCAUUACCUCUGUGCAGGCCGUCUACGUGCCAGCUGAUGAUCUUACUGAUCCAGCCCCAGCCACCACCUUCGCACAUCUUGACGCCACCACUGUGUUGUCCCGUGCCGUCUCUGAGCUCGGUAUCUACCCCGCCGUGGACCCAUUGGACUCAACCUCCCUGAUGUUGGAUCCAAACAUCAUCGGUGAGGAGCAUUACAAGGUCGCCACCGACGUCCAGAAGAUCCUCCAGGAGUACAAGGGUCUGCAGGAUAUCAUUGCUAUCUUGGGUAUGGACGAUUUGUCCGAGGAGCAAAAGACCACUGUGUUCCGUGCCCGUAAGAUCCAGCGUUUCCUCUCCCAGCCAUUCGAGGUCGCCGAGGCCUUCACCAACAUGAAGGGUGCUUUGGUGCCACUCAAGGAGACCAUCGACUCGUUCAAGGGUAUCUUGGCCGGCAAGUACGACCAUCUGCCAGAGGCUGCAUUCUUCAUGGUUGGCGCCAUCGCCGACGUUGAGGAGAAGGCCAAGGUUCUGCUCGCCUCUGCCGAGGGUGAGACCAAGAAGGAGAACAAGGUGAACGCCGCCGGUGAGUCCACCAGAGAGUCCACCCGUGACAAGAUCAGACGUCUGUCCGACGAGGCCUACAACUCCAAGAUUGCCCAGAUGAAGAAGUACGGAGUCGACACCAAGGAGCUCGAGGAACUCAAGGCUGAGUUUGAGAAGACCUUUGACAAGGAGGUUGCUGAGAUCGAGAAGGUUCUCGGCAAGUAA